GACUGGUCACUGCGAGAGUUGAAAUGUGCUUUAAGCAUGAAAAGCUAUGUAAAUUGCAAAAACCAAACAAGGGCAUUAUCAUGGGAGAAUCUCCACUUUUCUCAAAAGCAUUUAUAUCUGAAAAGCAACGCAAACAGUACUGCUUCUGCUUCUGCUUCUGCUUCUGCUUCGCGUAGGAAAAAAGAAGAUGACUUUGACUUUACCAAUCAAAACACUCGCAGACCCAAUUUCCACAAGCCAAAACUGUAAAGGAAGGGAAGCAAGAAAGCAAACCCAAAUUUGAUUGAGUUGCAGGCAGCUCAAAAACUCAAUGCCCUACUGGUGGUCAGAUAGAUGAGUGAGGAUGCAUGACUGGCACUGCUGGGUGCAACCAUUAUGUACCUGGUAGCAAACCAGCAACCCAGUUUCAUCCAUCACCAUUGAUUCAUUCUCAAAAACACGAUCAGGAUGUUGCCAGCCGUACGCCUCCUAUUUCCAGUCUCAGUGUCAGUGCUUUACGUACUUUACAAGUAUCUGAGAUCUGGAAGGGUAACAGAGCUCUCUGAAGACAUCGCGGUUCCCCUAAAUCCCGAUAACGACGACGUCGUUUCUCGCCAACCGUCCCAUGUCGAUCCUGCCAUCCUUGAAGAGAUUCGGAAAUUCGACCCUGCCGUCCUCGAUGAGCUUCGGAAAUUCCUGGAUGAGUUUCGGAAAUUCGACCCCGCCGCCCUCGAUGAGAAGCAGAAAUUCGACCCUGCUGCCCUUGAUGUGAUUCGGAAACUCGAUCCUGCCAUCAUUGAUCUGAUUCAUAAAUUGUGUGUGAAGGAAAAGGUGGAAGGUAAAGAAGAGGCCGAGAGGAAUUGUAGUGGGCGCGAAAAUGAAAAAGGAAACGAGACACAGAGCGAAGAGAGCGGUGGAGGAGGAGGAGAAAAUAAGAAUGAGAAUGGUGGUGAGGUGGAGAAGAAGGUUGUUAGUGAGGAAAGAAGCAGAAGGCAUCAUUACCCAGUGAGGCCUGAAGCUGGAGAUUGUUCUUUUUAUCUAAAGACCGGGACUUGUAAGUUUGGCUCCAAUUGCAAGUUUAAUCACCCUCGUAGAAGGAAAACCAAUAAGGUGUCUAAGGACAAGAUGAAGGAAAGGGAAGGGUUGGCAGCAGAGAAGCCAGGCCAGACAGAAUCCAAGGAUUAUUCCAGGUCAGGAGGAUGUAAAUAUGAAAAGGCUUGUAGUUUCAAUCCCAGAAGAGGGGAACCUUCUGUAGCUCCAAUUCUAGAAUGUAACUUUCUGGGCCUCCCAAUUCGGCCGGGGGAGAAAGACUGUUCCUUCUAUAUGCGAAAUGGCUCCUGCAUGUUUGGUACAAACUGCAGGUUUAAUCACCCUGAUCCUACAGCUGCAAGAGAAUCUGACCCCCCAUCUGGAUAUGGUAAUGGUGGACCUGCAUCAUUACAAGGUGCGUUGUCAUCAACAGCAGCACCAUGCUCUGCACCAAGAUCAUUGAAUGAUGCUCCGCUUUAUGUGCCAAUGGUGAUUCCGCCAUCUCAAGGGAUUCCUUCCCAAAAUACGGAAUGGAAUGGUUAUCAGGCUCCAGCAUAUCUACAAGAAAGAAGCAUGCCCGCACGUCAACCUUAUCUUGUGAACAACUCAGUGACUGGGACCAACGUCUAUAAACAAUACCUACAGCACCAGCAAGCUGAAGAAUUCCCAGAAAGACCUGGCCAACCUGUUUGCAGUUAUUUCUUAAGAACGGGUGAUUGUAAGUUUAAAUCCGACUGCAAGUAUCACCAUCCGAAAACUCAGACUGCAGUAUUCCCCUCAUGCACCCUUUGAGACCAGAUCAGAACAUUUGCACACAUUACAUUCGCCAUGGGCAUUUGCAAAUUUGGGCCAGCUUGUAAAUCUGACCAUCCGUUAAAUAUAACAUCUUCAACUACAUCUGGUCCUGAUCAUCAACAUUCUUUCAGUGACUCGGCGACUACAAAUGGGGCUGGAAGUGAUACUGAUGCUACAAGUCAGCCGCAGCCUGUGUGAUAAGUUUUGCGCAGGAUUCGCCAUCACCAAGCACAUGCAAUCUUUUUGUUCUGUUAAUUUAAUCUUAGAAAUGUAUCAAACUUUUCCACCCAGAUGCCGCAAUCUUGUUAGAUGUGAGAACUCUAUGGAAACGGGACGUGUAAAUUAUUUCUUAUUGAUGUCAUUUUACCAGAAAAUACAAGUUUAAUUGGUAAUAUGCUCUCAAGGCCCCGUUUGAUAAC